AGGACUAGGAGUUUCCGGACUCUGAGAUGUUCAGGCGGACUCAUGGAUGCUUUGACUCAGGGACUUCAUCAUCCAGGAACCUGGUCAUGGCUGUCCACGAUAUCAGAGCGUUAGCCAGCGGAAUUCUACUGCGCGGAAAGGGUUCCUAGGUAACAAUUUGGAAGAUAAUAUGCCUUUUAUCAACUACUUUCAAGUAGCUACAGGUUUUGACCAUGGCUAUGCUUCGUUUUCCCUGACGAACGAUAGUGACUAGGCUAUUAGUUCAGUUUGUGCGCUUUCCUGCUAGCUUACCAAAUCUUCAGGCUUACUUGAUAAGUUAUUGGAAAACUAGCUUGGAGGUUCUUCAAAGCAACACCAUACUAUCCCGUACAGCAACAGCGGCAACCAUGGUCGCUCCCUCUUCAGUCCUCAGCCUGAAGAUGAUUCGCAACGCGCCGUGGGGCAGGCAGAAGCAGGGCGAGCCGUCGCCAACCCCAGCGUCUCGCCCGGAACGCAUGCUGGACAUGUACGGAUUCGCGGUUCAGCCACAAUACGUGGACGUCUACAAAGCCUACGUGCCAGUUUACCAUGACGAGGAGACAGAGCGGUCAGAUCGGUGGGACUCGUUCCUCCGCACCCGCGACCUGCCCUUCCCCCCGCCCUCUCCUGCAACGCCCGCACCACUUGCGGCACAGGGGGAGCAGGAGAGCGGCGCAGAGGGCGGAAGAGGGGCAGAGGUUCCCCCUAGCCAAGGCGCAGAGGAGGGGGCCGCGGAGGGGAGGUUCCGCGCAGCGUUUAGAGAGGAGUUAUGGCCGGUUGAGCGAGUUCUGAGGGGUGCUGCUGGAAAAGGCGCUGGGAGCGCAGGUGCCGGAGGAGAGGGUGGAAGGAGUCAAGCAGAAACUGGAGGAGCCGCGGGAAGAGAAGGCGAGACGGGAGGAGCGGGGGGAGGAGAGAGGGGAGGAGAGCGGGGAGGAGAGACGGCAGGAGAUAAGGGAGUGAGUGGGAGCGUGGUGACAGAGGAGGCAUGGAAAGCGGAGCUGACGUCACUGGUGAUGGGCGGCGUUCCCAUGAACCUGCGGGGGGAGGUGUGGCAGAUCUUCGUGGCCGGCAGGGCGAGGCGGCAGGAGGGCAUGUAUGAGGCGCUGCUGAGGGACGCGCCCCAGGAGGAGGAGCACGGGCCGAACAGCAGCCUGGCGGAGAUCACUGCGCGGAUACAUGAAAGGGACGCGGAGGUGGCCUGCAUCGUGCAGAUCGAAAAGGACCUGCCUCGCACCUUCCCCGGCCAUCCCGCCCUGGACGCCAAGGGCAGGGACGCCCUGCGGCGGCUGCUGAUAGCGUACUCGCGGCGGAACAGGGCGCUGGGGUACUGCCAGGGAAUGAACUUCCUGGCGGGGCUGCUGCUGCUGCUCAUGCCCGAAGAAAACGCUUUCUGGACGCUGACGGCAAUAGUGGACGAGCUGUUCAAAGGGUACUACUCCGAUGAGAUGGUCGAAGCACAGGUGGAUCAGCUCGUCUUUGAGGAUCUCGUUCGCCAGAACUUCCCCCGGCUCGUGGAGCACAUGGACGCGUUGGGGGUGCAGAUAUCAUGGAUCACGGGGCCGUGGUUCCUCUCAGUCUUUGUCAACGUGCUGCCCUGGGAGAGUGUGCUGCGAGUGUGGGACGUCAUUCUCUAUGAGCGCAACCGCAGCAUGCUCUUCCGCACAUGCCUCGCCCUCCUCGACAUGCACUCCACGCUGCUCCUAUCCAUGCAGGAGACGGGCGACAUGAUGUCGGCGCUGCAGUCCAUGGCAGCAUCCACGUUUGACAGCACGCAGCUGGUGCUGUCAGCAUGCGUGGGGUACAUGGACAUCAACGAAGCCAUGCUGGAGGAUCUGCGCACCAAGCACCGCCCGACCAUAAUGCAGCGGGUGGACGAGCGCAGGGAGGUGCUCAAGCGCUGCCGCAACAACCGCAGCGCCAAGAUCCACGCAGAGGCCCUGGCCGUUCUGCAGAGGCUGGCACCGCACAGCACCGCACUCGCGUCCCCUCGCUGCCCCUCCUCCCACACGUCACCUCUGUCUGUUCCCUCGUCGUUUGACGACUCUGUGCUGCCCUCCCCCUCGCCUGCUGGCAGAAGGGGGAGGUUUAGGGCCUUUGGGGACGAGGGGGAGAAGAGGAGGGAGAGGAGGGAGAGGAGGGAGGAGAUGGUGAGGGAGGGAAGGAGAGGAGGCAAGGGGGAAGGGAGAGGGGCCGUAGGUGCAGGAGGGCUAAGCAACGUGGCUAGCAGUGUCAGGGGUGGUACUGGUGCUGGUGCUGGUAGUGAGGUCGCUAACAAGAACGGUGAUGGUUACAAUAGUGGGGGGGAUUUGGCUCCAGGAGACUUGUCCCCAUGCUCCUCCUUCUCCUCCCCUUCCUUCACUCCCCCAGACUCCCCUCUUGCGAGCUUCAAGCUUCCCAAUCACCAUCCCCCACCCGUCUCCUUUCCCCCACACACUCUCCUCCAUCCCCUCCCUCCUCUCCUCCCUCUCACUCGCUCCUCCUCUCUCUCCCGCCUCUCCCCACCAGCCGCACCCUCCUUCCUCAUAUGCCCCGUGCAACCUCUAGAGCCCCCCUCAUACACCCUUGCCAGUGGAAAGUCACAACUUUCCCACCCUAAUGAAUCCACCGAACCUAGUGCCGAAGCUGGUGCCGAAGCUGGUUCGGCAGGAGCCUGCACGCAGCUGGCCCUGCCAGCGUCGGUGGUUGAGGCUCUGGACGUCAUGCUGGGAGGAGGGGGGGGAGAGGGGGGGAGGGAGAGUGGUGAUGUAUCGCCAUCUGGUGUGAGAAAUAGGCUCAUGGACCCGUGGGGUAGCGCCAGGUGGCAAGAGCUCAUUGGCCCCCCUCGCCCACAUGCCCAUGCUCCCGGAUCGGUCUCAGCGUCGGCGUCAAAAGCUGCAGUGAAGCGAGCAGGAGGAGCAGAGAGAGGAGUGGAGGGAGGAGGGGGUGAGGCAGAGGGGGGCGGAAGGGCUGCAGCAAUAACAGCAGCGCUGGCAGUGGUGUCAGAAGAAAGAGAAGCAUCUACGAGUGCCUCAAUGAGUGCAGCAGUAGCAGUUGGAAAGGGCUCUGCUGCUGCUGCUGCUGCUGCUACUGCUGGUGGUGAAGCUGCAGAAAGGGCUGCAGGGAGUUACCAGCAGCGGAUAAAGCGGUCCCCUGAGCUGCUGCUGCGAAGCGGGUCCUUUGCUCCCAGCAGCAGCAGCCUCAACAAGAUCCCUGCGCUUGCUCUCGAUUCAAGAGAUGAGAGGCACAGAACCACCACCAGUGCUGCUGCUGCUGCUGCCAAAAUUUCCUCUGCUACUGCUGCUGUCACUGCUGCCAGCGCCAGCAACACUGCUGCCAGCGCCAGCAACACUGCUGCAACCGCCAGCAGCAAGAGCAAUAGCAAGGUGUCAUCAGACGUCCCUUCCGACCUCUCCCCCACCUUCUCACCCCCCUCCUCCCCCUCGUCCCCCUCCUCCGGCUUCUCCCCUCCCUCCCCCGGUUCUCCCUCGAUUUCCUUAGAGGGAGAUGGGUCCCUCCUUCCAGGUGAGGCUACAGCGAAGGAGAAGGGGAGAAGGAGAGAGGGUGAGAAGGAGAGGAGAGAGAAGGAGCAGAAAAGCGGGAGGGAGAAGGGGAGGGAGAAGAGGGGAGAGGGGGAAGGGAGCAGAGUGAAGGAGAAGCGGAGAGGGAAGGAGGGGAAAGGUGAGGAGGAUGCCAAGGGCAGUCGCGCUGCUGGUGGAGUGGCGUCAGACUCGUCACACUCGCUACAGUCACACUCACAACGAGCACAAUCACUUUCUGGACAUCAGCUGAGCGAUGGGAGAGGGGCGGACGGGGGCAGGAAAGGGGAUGGCAGGGAGUGGCGGGCGGCGGGAGGGAGAGGCAGAGGCAUUCGGCCACACAGCUUAAACGAGAGGCGAAGCCCAGGGUUGGGUAUGGGCGUGGGUUGGGGUGGGGAUGGAUACCCUCCUCCCCACCACCAUAUAGACAGGGGGGCUCAUACUACUACUAUCCAUAAAGCCAGAAGUGUUGCUGGCACUGGCAGUGGUACUGCUGGUGGUGCUGGUGGUGCUGGUGGUGCUGGUGGUGCUGGUGGUGAGGGAAGGGUGCAUGUAAGGAUAGGUAGGACGAGCAGCGCGGAUGUGGGCAGGGUGGCUGAAAGGCCCAGUCGUGCAGGUGGGCGAGGAGGAGGAGGGAGUGGGGGGGAGAGGGAGGGGAGGGGAGAGAGGGAGGGAGCCGGAGCAUUGGUGCGAUUGGAGGAGGCGGAGAGCCAAGGAGGGCGUCACGUGCGGGUUGAAGUGGUGACCGAGCUGCAGGCGCAGGUGGCGUGGCUGAAGGAGCAGCUGGUGUUUGCACUCGAGGCGAGAGACGAAGCCAUUCAGAGGUCCGAGGCACUGCAGGCAGCAAUGGUGGAGAUGGGGCAGUCCACCACCAACCAGGCGCUUGCUGCUAAGAUUGACGAGGUAGAGAACGAGCUGACUGUGGCCCGGAAGCAGAUAGACGCCCACAGGAGGGAGAUAACCCAGCAGCAGAGAGCCAUGGAGGCCCAGCAAGAGGCGUCCACGCGAGCACUGCUAGAGCAGCAGGAGGAGUCGGCAAAGGCGUUAUUGGAGGCGGUGAGGGCUAAGGACGCGGAGAUGGAGCGCGAGGUGGGGGCGCUGCUGGGCGCGCUGAGGGCCAAGGAGGAGCGCAUGCGGGGGGAGAUAGAGACGCUGCAGGACCGGCUGGAGGAAAAGGACGGGGAGAUUGGGCGCCUGGCCAGGAGGCUGGAGCGAGCAGCCAAGGACAUGGAGGAUAUCAUAGCGGCCAACUCGCAGCAGGUGGAGACACAGAAGAACGUCAUUGAGAUGCUCGCGGAGAGCAGUCGGGAUUCGCGGCAGAAGCUGGCAGCCAUGGAGCAGAGGGCGCUGGCAGCAGAGAGCAUGGUGGAAGCCUUCGUGGAAGCUUCCUCCCUGGAGGAGGUCCAAUCGAUGGUGGACGACAUGCCUGCUACGCCUUCUGGAUCUCUUGACACGUCAUCUUCUGCGCAUGAUGACGUCAGUAUGAGGAGUAGCACGGUCAGCAUGACUAGCAGCAGCCUUGCCAUGUCAGAAGCUGAGCUGGAGCGAAUGACAGCAGCAGCGCUGGCGAUUGGGAGUAGUGGUAGCAGGGGCAGCACACGACAGUAUAUGGCUACCCACCAUCCUUCGUCAUCCAAUUAUUUAAUGCCGACCGGAGAUUCGCAACAGCUGGUGCAACAGCAUGAGCCGCAGCAAGGGUAUCGGCCACACACAGCUCCAGAUAACCGCCGACCCACGGCUGUCAGAUCUAUUUUUGAAGGAAUCUCAGGGGCUAUCAAUGCUAGGAUGGGGGGCGCUGUGCCUGGGGCGACAUCCCUGCCAAGGACUCAACCCUGACAGGAAGAGAGAGUAACCUUGUGAUGUAUAGGUGAAACUAGCACAAUAUUUAUGAGAUGUUGCAGUUUUCAUUUUUGCCCUCCAUCGAAAUUAUAUGCACUCUUGUUGAGGCGUGCAAUUUUGUACUAGCGCGGAUACUCUGCAUGAUACUGCAACUGCGGAUGCGCUGUAUUCUCCUCAUGCCUAGCUGGCUGAAAUUCCGCCCACUGACUUUUCCCCGCGGCUCCGCCCAGCCCCCAGGCAUGACCGCAAGAUUGAAUCCCCCGACACCCCCACCAGG